AUGAAUUUUAAUGUCUGGAAUAUCAAAGAGAUGCUCAGCAUUCCCUCAAGCUCUGGGAUCACUAAGCCAUCUAACUGGAAUAGCAAUCAGACUGAUUGUUCUUCACCCAGUGAUUCCCAGUUCCUCUUUGGAUCUCAGUUUUGUCCAGAAAAUUCAGAGAGUCUGUCUGCAUCCUUGGAUAUUGGUGCCUACUCAAGACAUCCAAAACAGACACAACAGAAUUCUGUAGAUAAUGAACCUAGUAUUUUCACAAAAUACCAGACAAAGCCCCAGUUGUUUGGAGGUGAUACAAAGGAUGAAGGUUUAUUUUCUCUUCCUUUGCCAGUUGGAAAAUCAAAAGGACUCUUGAAACAGUUUGAGGAGAAAAAACGAAGGGCGACAGACAAAUGUGACAGUGAGAUGCUGUACAACUUUGUUUCUCAUUUUCAAGAAGUCAUCCACAAGUUGCAGACAUCUGUGGAAAAGUCUGAGGAAAAUCUCAGUUCAAGAAGCCAAUCUAUAUUGGAUUCUUUGGAGACUGUAGCCAAGACAUUUCAAGAGAGUGCCCAGGUUCAGCGUGACCUGAUAUUUGAUGCAAUGCGAGACAAAGGCAAUAUGGAACAGGCCAUCCUUGAGCUACAGAGGAGCUCUGAAACUAGACAAGCGGAGUUUAUGGAGAUGAAAUCCAACCUGAAAAACCUUGAAGUUUUAGUUACCCAGCAGAGUAAGGACUUCCAACAGCUUUGUGAGAAGCUAGGUCAGCUCAAUGUGCCUGGUGUCCUAGAAGAGCUGAAAAAACUCUCUGCACCUCGGUUAGUUGGGCAUCUGAAAGACAGCACCUCUCAGACCUCUCCAGCUCUGGCCCAGAGCCUCCAUUUUACCGGGCAGGAAAAAUGCACCUCUGAGGCCCAGGUGUCUCCUACAGGGAGUUCCCAGAGGCCUAGGGAGUUUGGUGUCUGGGAUGAAGGAGCAGAGAGUGGUGUUUUUCAGAAGGCUGCAUUGCUGACAGAUGAGCCACAUAGAGGAAAUGAACAUGUGAAGAACAAUGCCAUGCAGACUUACUACAAGAACUGGGUUAUCACCACCAGAAGCCUCACUAACCACUGUGCUAGCCUCCCAAGCCAGAAGGCUGACCAUGAUGAGGAUCUAGUUGCCGAUGAAGCCUCACAGCUGGACUUAAAUAAGUUUGAAUCCAGAGUGAAGAAUGCCUGCCCCCAAAUUGAAGCCCAAAACAUGUGUUCUUCUGACCUAUUUGAACAGUCAGCAACUGAACAGAAAGACAGGACCCGAGGUAAGGAGAGGAAAGGCAAGAAGCAGCACCCCAGGAAAUCACAAAGAGGCAGGCUUCUAGCUAGGAAGCAAGAACAAACCCCAAGGAAGGCCUGUGCUUUUGUCUCUAGGCAUUGUAGAACCCAGACUUCAGUUUCUAGCCCACAAGGGUCCAUCAUCUGUUGGCGGGCUCCAAGAAUCGCCAUGAAGUCAGCCCGUCCUAUUCUGGGAAGAAUAGUGAGGACCAAUAAAACAGCAAGGGCAACACCCGGGAGCAUCCAGCAGUCUACCCAGUGCUCCUCCCCAGUCUGUGAGAGCUUAUCCAGCAGUUCCCAGGAGGAUCAGCAGAUAAAUUGGUUCAGUGACCUUAGCCUGGAAAACCCAGAGCCUCCUCUGUGUAAGAAGGGAGGGAAGAAUUUGCUCUGCGACCCAGAUUUUGACAGCAGCGAUGAUAACUUGUAA